AUGAAGCGAGUUGAGGAGUUUCCUAGAAAGUCACCGGAAGUGGUUACUAGACGACUAGGAAGUGAGCCGAGCCAUUCUCGAGCUCUCUAUUUUCGUAUUUCCUGGGGGCGCGUAUCAGCUGGAAGGUCUGUAUCUGCCUCGGAGAGGCUUCGGUGCUGCCUGCGGGUCCCGGCUCCAGCUGCGGGGCGGGUGGGAGCAAUCCCAACUCCUCAGUCCCGUGCCUUUGCCAAAGAUGGAAGCCAAGGAAACCUGCCAGAAGCAGCUACUACACUGAUGGCCCAGACCCAAGACAGUAGGAACAUACUGAUUCAGGAGUCAGUGACAUUUGAGGAUAUAGCUGUGAACUUCACUGACCGAGAGUGGCAAUGCCUGACCCAGGCUCAAAGACAUCUCUAUAAAGAUGUGAUGCUGGAAAAUUAUGGGAAUCUGGUAUCACUUGGAUUUCUGUUUCCUAAACCUUCUUUGAUUGCCCAUCUGGAGCGAGGGACAGAGCUCUGGGUUCAGGAUCUACAGGACAGGGAGUUCCUGAGCUGUUCCUGCCCAGUGUCAACUGACAAGACAUGGCUUGAGAUUAAGAGAGCAUGUUCAAAACAAGAGGUUUUUGAAAAAGGAGAUGUUUGUUGGAUGAAAUUUAAAAGUUGCCUGAAAGUUGAUUCUCAGGUUCCUGAGGUUGAAGAAGUUCAUGUGCAGAAUGUCAAAUUUGAGAAUCAAUGGGAAAUACCCAUGAGGGAGAAACUGGGAGAAGAGAAAGAAGUCUCUGAGGAUGUGACUAUCAAGAGAGGAAAGAUCCAGAAAGUAUUUAGAAAAAACAUCCAUCCAGACUCAAAAAGCAUCCCAUAUAAGAGAGUUCCUACAGAACAGAAACUCCACAACUGUGACAAAUGUGGCAAAAACUUCAGCUGGCAUUUAGACCUAAUUCUCCAUGAGCUAAUUCAUUCUGGUGAAAAACCCUAUGUGUGUAAUGAAUGUGGGAAAGCAUUCAAGACCAGAAAUCAGCUUUCUAUGCACCAGAUAAUCCAUACAGGGGAGAAACCAUUUCAGUGUUCCCAGUGUGGGAAGGCCUUCAAUAGUAGGUCAGCCCUUUGCCGACAUAAAAAAAUCCACAGCAGGGAGAAGCCUCAUGAGUGCAGGGACUGUGGGAAAGCCUUCAAGACAAAAACCCGUCUCAGUAUACAUCAGAUCAUCCACACUGGGGAGAAGCCCUAUGACUGUAAAGACUGUGGUAAGGCCUUCCAGUUUAGGCAUUCCCUUACCAUCCAUAGCAGAAUCCACUCUGGGGAAAAGCCAUAUGAAUGUGAGGAGUGUGGAAAGGCCUUUAGGGGGAGCUCAGACCUCACCAAACACACAAGAAUCCACACUGGUGAGCGACCUUAUGAAUGUAGUGAGUGUGGGAGGGCUUUCACUCGGAGCUCAGACUUAAGCAAAUACAAAAGAAGCCACACUCAGGAGAAAAACUAUGGGUGCCCUCAGUGUGAGAAAGCCUUCAGUAGUAAGGCAGAGCUCUCCAAACACAGAAAAAUUCACACUGAAGAGAAGCCUUACAAAUGUAAGGAGUGUGGGAAAGCCUUUCGUCAUAACUGUAGACGCAGAGCUCAUGAACGAGAGCACACUGGGGAGAAGCCCUAUCAAUGUGGGGAAUGUGGGAAAACUUUCCAGGAUCGGCACUGCCUUACCAUCCAUCACAGAACCCACACUGGAGAGAAACCAUAUGAAUGUUCAAAGUGUGGUAAGGUUUUCAGUGGGAAGUCAAACCUGACCAAUCAUCAAAGAAUUCACACUGGAGAGAAACCUUACAAAUGUGAGGUAUGUGGAAAAGCCUUUCACCAUAGUUCAGUCUUGAGGCAGCACAGAAGAAUCCAUACUGGUGAGAAGCCAUAUACUUGCAAUGACUGUGGCACAUCUUUCCGCCAGUGCUCAGCUCUAAUUGGACAUAGGAGAGUUCAUACUGGGGAGAAACCUUAUGAAUGUGAGGAGUGUGGGAAAGCCUUCAGAGUGAGCUCCAAUCUUACUGGGCAUAAAAAAAGAAAGCAUAGAGUAUGGAGAACCCAUGAACAUGAUGAGAGGGGAACAUCUGUUUCCCAGACCUCAGUAGUCAAUAUUGUGACCACCAACACCUGA